GCAUCGAUGUUUUUUCUGCAAACAUCGACUAUCGUCACUUACAACCGAAAGACAGAAUUUUCUUACAACAAUUAAUCUAUUCUACUUACUUUAAUAGAUAAUAAUUUGUGGUGUUGGCGUGGAUCGUGGUUGCGCCAUGGACAAGUUUGUAAAAAUAACAGCAACUGUGUUGGACGACGUUGGAAAUAACGAGGAGGACAUCUAUCUAUUCCCAAGCGGACCAAAAAGGACCUCGCUAAAACCUAAAAUAGUUAACAUUUUACUGUCAAUCAACAAAAACAGCUUCCUAUCGAUCUGAAUUAAAAAUUUAAGACGCAAAAAAAUUGUUGUAUUUUUUAUGUCGAUAAUCGAUUAUAGUCGAUGUCUUCGCUCUAAAACAUCGAAAACAUCGAUGGUGGCAAACAUCGAUGUUUUUCCAACUCUACCGCACAAUGGAUAGUACUGAAAUGAUGCAUUCGGAUAUUUGUGGAUAUAUGGUUUUUGCUUUCAUUCCACUUUCUUUUGGCUGUGGAUCCCCAAGUUCAAACUCAAGGCUCCUUCGGUUAUCAAAAAAUGGAAAUACUUCGACUGAUUUCUGGUCUGUGGUUGAUAAUAUAUUAUAUUACUCGUGUAUAUCGCUCGUCUGCUGGCGGAAAUCGACGCUCACCAUGAUUUUGUUCAAUUUUCUAGCCAAUCGAACAUCCAAGUGCUCUUCUGUUGCUGUUCGUGUUGAUUAAGUAAUUUUAAAGCGGAUGAGUAGGAGUCAACAUAUAUGGAUGAAACCUAAAAAUUAUGGGAAUCAUGAAUGAGAUAAAGCCUUCCCACUAAACUCCACCCAUCCUCAAUCACGGAUUGAUAAUCCUUUGGAUUUAGGGAGGAAAUUGUUUGCUGAAUGAUUGCAAAUUAUUAUUUCGAUUAGAAAACGGCUUGGGCCUCUGCCCUGCCCUGCCUCUAUUUAUGUCACAAAUGAUUUGUGAGACUUUAAUCGUUGAGAUAAUGCUUUCAGACUUAUCAAAAUAAUCAAUAAGUAUGACUAAGUGAAGGAAGGGAUUGAUAAUCUCUCAAGCCAAUGCUUUAAAUUUACCUUUUGCCUGGACUUUAACUAUUUCAAAACAUGUGCAGCAAAAUAUCUACUGAGCUCUCUGCUUGUUUUUAUAUGAAUGUAGAUGUAUCUAUUGCUUCUGUAUAUACAUACAUUGGACUGCCUCAUUAGCCUCGGCGCAAACAAAUUUCCGUAUGCCAGACUAUAACAUCACAUCGUAUCC